AUGGCACAGGUGGACGACCUGCACGACGACGGACGCCUGCUGUCGGAGAAGUGGGAGGAGAUCGAGGUCAAGGUGGCCGACAUGAUAGCUGAAAGGCUAUCAGCCGUGCCAGAUGGUCCGAUCCCCUCCUUCGACUCGUCGGACAUGGUCAGGAGGCACCGGGUGAUCAAGUGCGAUGACUCGUUCUCAAGGGAGAUUCCAAGGAGGCCGCGGGAUCGCAUUUGGUUGCCAAAGGAUCAGACUGACCAAGGAAAGGUGCUGUCGCUCCUGAGGGCUCAGAACCCAGAAGUGCACACAGAGGACUGUGCGAUACUUAAAGUAGAGAAGGAGAUGAUGACGAGCAAGCCGUUCCUCUUCCUCAUCAACCAGCGCUGCCUGCCGCAGCUUGAGAAGGCCGACUACACCAUCCGGUACGGCCUACGAAAGGCCAAGAUCAAGGUCUUCCUGGCAGAGCCGGAUGAUGUUUUCGAGUUGGUCGAUGACACCAACAAGCUGUUGGAUGACCUGAUCAUCGACGACAAGACCCCAGACGUAACACCCAACACCGAUGCCUAA